UGGAGCAAUUCAGCUGCCAAUCCUAUCAUUCUGGCUCUGGAAUUAUUUAUUCGGAAGGCUUAGAAAAUUACACAGGGCGUUGUCAAACCCCGGAAGUUUUUUCCUGAAUGUUGUGUUGCAGCUGUUGUUUCCUGAUACAGCCCAAAGGGAGCUGAAGAAGAUUUAAAGAGUUGGUUCGAGACUCGCUCUGCACAGAAGUGGUUGGAUUGAAAGAUUUUAAAGCGGCUGGCGCCCUGCCCCGGUGAACCGUGGCUUUUAAGUAUUUUUUUUAGCGGAUUCGUUUGGCUGGAUGAAGUACGGAUUCCCUCUUUCCGUUCUGCCCUUCGCCGCCCUCUUCCUCCUGCAGCUUCUCGACCACCUCAGCGUCUGGUCCCUCGGUGCAGUUGCUGGAAGGAAUGAAGUGUUUGGUGUCAUUGGUUCAUCAGUUUUACUGGAUCCUGAAUGCAGCGAUAAUCUCAGCAAUAGUAAUGUUAUAUGGACAUUCAAUGGCAGUAAUGGAAACCCUGUAAAUAUUCUGGAUUAUGCACCAGGUCACCGAGAUCACCAAAAAGAGGAACCAAAUGAACACUUCAAAUCACGCUUGCAAUUUAAUACAUUCAAUGGGUCUCUGAUGAUAAACAAUUUAAAACCCAGUGACCAAGGGCUUUAUACCAUCAUUGCAGGUGAAAAUUGGAAAUGGAGUACAGAUUUGAAACUCAUUGAACCACUGUCAAAGCCUUUGAUCUUCAGUAAUUCUACCUACAUAGAUACCACCAUUGAACUGAUCUGUCAAGUGUCUGCAGGGGGAGUGAGGUCCAUUCAGUGGUGGAAAGAUAACAAAGUGAUAAUGAAUGGCCAAUGUUAUCAGUUAGUGCAAAACAACAGCAAGUUGAUUAUUUCCAAAGCCAUGAAAUCAGAUGGUGGGAUCUAUAUUUGCACCGUGGAAGACACUGUUAGCAAGAAGAACAAUUCAUAUUCUCUGGCUAUUUACGGUCUUCCAGAGCUGCAUUAUUACACAAUAGGACUCUCCAUUGCUGCACUGACGACUCUCGCUUCUGCUGCCUUUGCCGGUCCUCGGUUAUUUGAAGGUGUACUCAAAGUCUUGCGGUUUCUCCCAGUGCUUUCGUUUGUGCUUCUAAUCGGUUCAUGUGUGUGUUGGAUGCGGGUUCAAGGAGCUGAUGAACUCACAGUGUUCCUGUUGGUGCUUUUGAGUCUCUUGCUAAUACUACCUGCAUUAUUGACGUUUACGAAGGCUUGUGCCAUAAAAUGGUUAAAUAAGAUCUUGGAGACCGAAAUUUGCUGUCUAAUUCUGGAUGCAGCAACUCUAUUGCGUGAAGUCACUGUCAUAUGUAUGUCAUCGAUGCUGAUUGCAGAAACAUUGAAACUAGCUGGUAAAGGAUGUGAGCCAGCAACCCAUCCACAAAUAAUUUUAAUUCUCGUUGUGGCGAUGCUAUUCACUUUCCCUUUGAUCGUGUUAACACUUUGCGGCAUACGUAAUAAAAGGAAGAAAAAGGGACAUCAGGAACCCAGCCUACUUGUCACAGUGGAUGUGGAAUCUAUUUUAGGGAGUGUUCAUGCUGUGAGUAAUCUUCGCAGCAAAGAAAAGCCUGAACCGAGGGGCACUGUCACCAUUGAAGAACUGCUUAUUGGCAGCAGCACUGCUCCCCAGGAAAAUUGCCUUAAACAUUACGCCACUGCUACUAUUUAAAGGCAAUAUUGAACACAUGAGAAACAGCACUUUAACUCUGCAAGGCAGACUGUUCUGAGACUUUGUGCAAGCUGUGGGGUUCACAGAGGAUGGCUCAUCAGAAAAUAGCAGGUGCCUUCCCUACAAUUUUUGUAUCCAUUAGCAUUACUCUUAACUAACCUCCUCCACCCUGGUUAGUCUUCCCUUCCUGCUUCUCUCUCUCUCUCGACUCAAUAGGCCAUUAUCUCUCUGUCUUUCCCUGCUAUUAUAACGGGGCUGGGCCUAUUCUGGCACUUAUCACUGUGUUGUCAAAUUAUAAUCCCCAACUGGCCUAUCCUUCUUUGGCUGUCUAGCUGCUGAGUUUUCCUGCCAGCCCUCUUCCAGUGCUGGUAUUCGCAACAUCCCCAAACACCUGGACUCUAAUGAAGGAUCAACUAUCACCAAUCCUUUCUGUGUUUCCCUUCAGAAUGCCGCUUUACUGACAAACCAAGUCUUUUGCCAUCCAAAAGUUUAUUGCCAAUUAUUUGUAUUGAUAUCCUGGUUUGUCAGAAAGUUAGCAUAUAGGUACAGCAAGCAAUGAGGAGAGCAAAUGAUAUUUUGGCCUUUAUUGCAAGGGGAAUGCAAGUUUAAAGAAGUGUUGCUAGUUUCCCAGGACCUUGGGGUGACUACAAGUGGAAUAUUGUGUGCAGCUUUGUUCUCCACAUUUAAGGAAAGAUAUACUUGCACUGGCAGGAGUACAGCCUCACCAGAUUGGUCCUGGAUGAGAGGGCUGCCCUAUGAUGAAAGGCUGAGGUGAUAUUCUUUGACAUUUAGAAAAUUGAGAGGUGAUCUCAUUGAAAUAUUUAAGAUUUUGAAAGGCUUGACAGGGUAAACACUGAGAGGCUGUUUGCCCUGACUGGAGAUCCAUAACUAGAAUCUAGAACAAGGGGGUGCAGUCUCAGGACUGAGAUGAGGAGAAAUUUCUUCACUCAAAUGUUUGUGAAUCUUGGAAAUAUCUCUAUUUCAGAGGAUGCUCCAUUGUUGAAUAUAUUUAAGGCUGGGAUAGAUUUUUGGUCUUUCAGGGAAUCAAGGGAUAACCGGAGUAGAAAGAUAGGCAAAGUGGAGUUGAAGCCAGAAAUCGGCUGUAAUCAUAUUGAAUGGUGGAGCAAGCUGAACAUGAAAGAUUGGUCUUCUCUUGAUCUAAUUUCUUGUGCUCUUAUAUCAAAAGCCAGUUAAAAACAGUUGGCAACAACUUUUCCUUUACUGCACUUGGCUGUAUGUUCGACCAGUUGACCAGAUUUUAAGAGCAUACUCAUCACCAAAUUACACCAAUUUCAACUCCAAGUAGCUCACUUUCCAACAUUUUCAUUUUUUUUACCAUUUAGGUGCCACUUCAAGUCUUUCUGUUCAUACACUCCCUCAAACUUUGCACUGAGAAAAUCCUCGUCCUCUUGAUUUGAACUUUCAUCUUAUUUCUUUUUCUUUAUCGCCUCUCACAUCAUUGACCUCCUGUCUGAAACCUCAGUUUCCCUAUUUUCAUGGCCAUCCCCUCGACCUCAUCACCUCCUAUUGAAUCCCUACUCAUAUCUUCUCAGUCAUUGACCAGAAGAUUUCUGAUUCCUUUCCGUGCUGCUCUCCUAACCUCUUUCAAACCAAUUCCUCCUGCAACUAUCCCAUAGACAAGUGCUUCCCCCAGUGAAUUCACAGCUGUCCAACAUUUGGCCCUCCAUUCGCUAUGAUAUCUCAAUCGUUGUUGACUGGCUCACCCCUGCUCUCACCUCCCCCUCUAAACAUAUGUCCCCAUAUAAACUUCCACUGUCCCCUGUUGCUGUUUUCCUCCCAGUAUAAACUACAUUUUUACCACCUGAAGUCCAAGAGAUUGCAAGCUUCCACAUGGCCAUUCCACACAGCCAUUCACAGCCAGAGUACUGGAAUGCGUCACCUGAAAGUGUGGUGGAAGCAGAUUCAAUAGUAACUUUCUGAAGGGUGUAGGAUAAAUAGUUGAAAAGGAAACUUGGCAAUUCUGUGGCCAAAGAGCAAAGGAGCGAGGCUAACUGGGUAGUUCUAAGAGUGAGCCAGAACAGGCUCAGAGGGCUGAAUGGCCUCAUUCUCCACGAUAUAUGAUUCUAUCUGGCUGGAUCACGUCACACUCUACUGAGCUACACUCUUCUUUACUCACACUAUCCAUUAUUUGAGGGUCAUCCUGAUGGGCAAAGCUUACUCCAGGUUUCAGUUUUCUACGAACAGCCUGUUUAAGUGUUUUACCACUCCGCCCGUCCCCGCAAACCCACCCCAUCCCUGCACCCUCAUUUCUCUCAGCAAGUGGAAACAGCUCCUGCAUUUCUUUGCUAUAGUUUGAAUCCAUCCAUUCAGCUGUUUCUUUUGUAUCCCCCCUUUAAGCCAACAAUUCCCCACAACUUCUUAACCUGCUAUUUUCCCAUUUUCCCCUCCCCUAUGCCGUCUCCAGAGCCAAUGGAGUUUGCUUCCUCUCACUCAUUUCAACUAAGCUUUUGACCAUUCAGGUUCCUUUCUUGACCCCAAGUGACAUUGUAAAUGAUUCUCUCUGCUCUGACUCUUGUCUUUUUUCAAAAAACAAAUAUCACUGCACCCCUCUCCCCAUUCCCCCAUAACCCCCAGAAUAAAAGAUCACCUUCAAAUCCCCUUUUCCAUGAUCUUCAAUCUUAACUUCCUUUACAUAGAAAUUUGCCUUGGAUGGUGGUGUAAAACAGGAGGUAUUGGAUCCACAGCAUGUCCUUCCCAGCAUCUGGAGUGGAACAGAAUAUUAAUCAAUAGGAUUAAGUAUCAGGAGCUGUGUGUACUGGGCAGCUAAGCCACUAACCCCUGUUAUACACCACACCCAAGCAAAUUUCAACCCACUAAAUCCAUGGGACCAUGGGGGAUCUCCCUUCUUCUCUAACCUUCAUCAAUAUAAGCUUUUGCCACUCUUCCCAACCCUCUCUCUCUCUCUCUCUCUGAUUUUGGCCUCAAGCAUUACUCCACUCCCUGCAGGCCUCCACCCCCAUCCAUUUCACCAUUCAUGGAAAUGCCUUCAGCUGGCAAAUCAUUAAAAAUUUCCAAAUACCCUCAGCUUCACCUUUAACAACUCCAUUCUGACUUGCCUUAUAGCCUACACCUGAACCGGCUUUUGGUGAUCCCUCCAGCACUAUCCUCUUUUGGCUCAGUGUCUAUUCUUUUUGUACUUGAAGUGCAUUAAAGCUAUGAGGUAAACACAAGAUGCCAAUUUUUCAACAAACCACCCUCUGGCGAUAGCUCUAAAUCUCAGAAAAUUCUGCCAAAAGAGUUGAUUCGUAGCAAGAUUGGUCUGCUUAAUGAAAACCCUCUUUUUUUUAUUUCGUAUGAAGAAAUAUUACUUAAGUGAAACACUUCUUUCGUUUUUUGACAUUUAUUUAAAUGCUUCCUUCUGAAAUGUUAACAAGGCAUUAUUUAUGCUCUGUCGCUGGGUCAUACAGAUUCAGCCAUUUAUUUUUAUUAUUGUUCCUUCUCGAGCUGUGGGAUUUUCUGGCCAAACCAGCAUUUAGUGAUUAUCCCAAGGUGCACUUGAGAACUAUUGAACUACUGUAGCCUUCCAUAAUGAUGUGAAAAUAGUAAUUAUUUGAAGUGCAGGAAAUCAGUUAGACCAGCAAGGGAUAAAAUCUUGGCGUACGUCAUUUGGAAUUUGUUUGGAUGACAUUUGUUUAUCUUUCUCACGUGUCGAUGCAGACUCGAUGAGCCUCUUCUGCACUGUGUGGUUCUGUGAUACAGAAGUUAAUUAAGUUCUAUGGUGGGGUUAUAUUUUAACUUUCGUGUAAUUGGUAUAUGUACAUUGUCACAAACAGGUGGAGCAUAAUAGGUAGCUCCCUGCCUUUGAGCCAGAAGGCUCCAGGUUCAAGUCCCACUACAGGACUUGUUGGCUACAAACGUACACAGCCCUCUCUCCCCUGUCCUGUCUGUGUGUUGCAUAGAACCCUUUGCUGAGUCCAUCAGGAAGGAUCCAGACAUAAGACAAUCCCAGGCAGUGGAGGCACUCGGGGUAAAGCAUCGCAGUAC